AUGACUGACAACAAGAUCAAGAUCGCGCUGUUAGGAACCGGCAUCUAUUCUGAAUCCGACUACUUACCCUCACUCGUACAUGAAUCGCAAACUCACAUUGACGUCGAGAUCGUUUGGUCCCUAGACCAAACCGUUGCAGCCAGGUUUGCUGGUCAUUUCAAGUCAUCUGGUCGCUCUGAGCCUCAAGUCGCUGUCGGAGAUGCAGGUAUCGAGCAGAUCCUGAAUGACUCGGAAAUAGACGCUGUAGUCAUUGUUCUACCAUUCGCAUUCCAACCACCUUUGAUGAAACGAUUCUGGGCGGCAGGUAAACAUGUCUUGAGUGAGAAGCCAAUUGAACGAGAUGUCAAGGCUGGUCUUGAACUUAUCAAGGAGUUUGAGGAUUACUGGAAGCCGAAGAACCUGAUCUGGCGAGUCGCGGAAGACUAUGAUCAUGAACCUAUCCACAAGAGAGCCGCAGAGCUGCUGCGAGAUCCUGCUCUGGGACCAGUGCUCUACUGGGAUCUGCAGAACCAGAACUAUUGCCCAGAUGGCGACAAAUGGCAAGCGACGUCGUGGAGAAAUGUUCCUGAUUAUCAAGGUGGUUUCUGUCUCGAUGGAGGUGUCCACUCAGUUGCCAUGCUUCGAAAUAUCCUUCCCGAUCCUCCAGCUGCAGUCAUCGCCUCUGCAUCUUUACACCGAAAACACACACCUCCACACGAUACGAUUCUCGCUCUCGUCCUUCCUGAUUCAGCUGCUACAAAAGAGCCAAGUGGAUCUUCUAGCAAACUCGACAUCGCUCGUCAACAUAGACCCAACUUACCUCAACCUGGAAAGUCUUCACCGGCCGGUACGAUCACCUUCACUUGGGCUUUACCAAACAUCGAAUCUCAGCUGCCUCGUGAUCUGCAAGUCCUCAACAUCACAUGUUUAAAUGGAAAAUUGACAUUAGUAAAUGAUUCAGGCACUAGAACUUUAGAGUUGGCUCCUGCGGCUGGUACUCAGGUCGAGGCAGUGAAGGAGACCAGUCCUAAGAAAGGAGUAGAGGUAGAGUUGGCCUAUUUCGCUAGAGCAGUACUAGCGACGAAAGCAGGACGUGCUAUAGAUCCUGCGGAAGAUUAUGGCAAGCCCAUAGACACGCUCUGGGAUGUAGCAGUGAUACAAGCAAUGUUGCAAUCAAACGGUAAUAAGGUGGAUAUAAAACAGCUUAUAGAUCAAUAUAGAUAG